CUACAGCUAAAAUUUGACCAAAGACAAAAAUCGCAAAACAAACGUGCUGUGAAAAAGCUUAAAAAGUCUCAAAAACGUGUACUACUCAAAGAAAAAGUCCAAUUUAUAAAUGAAAAAUGGCGGUGCGGCCACUGCACAUGCACGAUGGCGGUAUUGUGGAGCGUCGGCUACGGCCUAUUUACGACUGGUUGGAUAAUGGAAACAAUAAGAAAGCGCUCCAGGAAGCUGAAAAAGUACUAAAAAAGAGUCCAACGUUGCAAGCGGCUCGGGCAUUGAGAGCCCUAGCGCUUUUUAGGUUAGGUAAGGGGCCGGAGGCGUUUGCUGUGCUCGAUGCACUGGCUGAAGAGAAGCCUAGCGAUGACACCACGCUGCAAGCGAUGACUAUAACGUAUCGAGAGUCCCAGCAAUUUCACAAAGUGUGUGCUCUGUACGAAGCCGCAGUGAAAGUGGAGCCAACGAGCGAGGAGCUGUACUCCCACCUGUUCAUGUCAUAUGUCAGGGUCGGAGACCAUCGGUCGCAGCAACGAGCAGCCAUGGCCCUAUACAAGUUUGCACCAAAGAACCCAUACUAUUUCUGGGCAGUUAUGAGUAUUGUGCUUCAGGCUAAAUCGGCAGAUGAUACUGCAAAGAAAGGCAUACUGCUUUCCCUAGCUCAAAGGAUGGUAGACAACUUUAUAACAGAUAAAAAAAUGGAAGCUGAACAGGAAGCCCGACUAUAUAUUAUGAUUCUAGAGCUCCAAGAAAAAUGGGAGGAUAUUCUGAAGUUCGUCCAGAGUCCUCUGUAUGGACAACUAGUGCCAGGAUCUACUGCCCAGGCUUGUAUACCGUACUUGAAGAAGUUAGGACACUGGCGUAAGCUUAAUUUACUCUGCAAGGAGUUGUUAUGGGAUAAUCAAGACCGCUGGGAUUAUUAUUUACCAUACUUUGACUCUGUCUUCCAUUUAAUGAAAGAGCCUACCUCCGAUAGUGAAAGCACAGCUGAUGAUACAGCAGAGAAGUGCCACGAAUUCAUAUGCCAGUUGGUGGAGAGUAUCUCAUCAGGAAGGAGAUUACGAGGGCCGUAUCUCGCUAGAUUGGAGUUGUGGAAACGGUUAUCGGUUGACGGGGACCCGACAGCGUUGCUAGGCAGCGGGAUGGCAUUAUGUGUGCAAUAUUUAAGAGUAUUUGCCAAUAAGCCAUGUGCUGUGCCCGACUUGAGACCAUAUAUAGCAAUGAUACCACAACAAGAGAGGGAGGAACACAGCAGGGACUUCCUCACGUGUUUGGGAUUUGAUGAAAACAGUGAACCGGAAACGACGGACGACAUCCAGCGGCACGUGUCGUGCAUCGGCGCGUGGCGGCUGUCGGCGGCGCCGCUGGACGCGGCGGCGUGCGUGCGGCUGGCGGACACGCUGCGCCGCCACUACGUGCGCGCCGUGCAGCGCGGCCUGCUCACCGCCACCGCCACCGAGCUCUGCGCCACCGACCUCUACGGGAUACUCGCCGCGCACCACUACUUCUACGCAGCGAUGCGGCAGCAGAGUUCUGCACCGGUGAUGGAGGCGGUGUGCCUCCUGGAAUUGGUGCUGCACAACUCGCCGGCCAAUUUCCACGCCAAGCUGUUGCUGGUCAAACUGUACCACUUCCUCGGCAACGCGGCGAGCGCGGACAGCGCGUACGCGCGGCUGGAGACCAAGCACGUGCAGCUGGUGUCGCUGGGCUGGCUGCACGCCGCGCGCCUGCCGCCCGCCGCCGCGCCGGCGCGCGCGCUGCGGCUGCUGGCCGACACCGCCGCCUUCCACGCGCACCACGCCAAGGACUGCGUGGAGCACCAGACGUACUCGUACAAGUACGGCACUUUCGAGAAGCUGGUGGAGCUGAUGGCGUGGAGCGCGCGGCUCGAGCGCUGCGCGUGGUGCGCGGGCGCGGCGCGCGAGCGAGCGCUGCUGGCGCUGCUGGCCGGCCCGCCCGCGCCGCCCGCCGCGCCGCGCCGCCUGCCCGCCGCGCCCGCGGACAACCGCGAUUUAAAUGUCAUCCUCAACUGGGACCCUCCACAGUGUCAAGAUACCAAUUUAAAAGAGCGAACAUUCGAGCAAGAGAUGGACUAUUUACGAUUAAAAGACGCAUUGGUAUCGGCGAUCGCGUUGUGUAUCGAGUUAUCCGACGGUCGACCGAUAGAGAAUAAGCAACCCCAGUACGAGGAACUUAAAACGUGUAUAGAGGCCUUUAGCACUGCAAUAGAGAAGUGUAAAGAAAAAUACAGCGCACCAGAAAAGAUUAGUAUAUCGGGACCUUUUCCUUCUAGAAUUAUUGCCUUCGUGAACUCGGAGGUGCCGUACCGGGAGUUGUACUCGUGGACGCUGCGCAUAGUGGGGGCGCUGGCGGUGAAUGAAGUGGAGGACGCGCACCGCUGCCUGCAGCGCGGCGCCCAGCUGCUGCGGCAGGCGGCCGGCGAGCUGCGAGCGGCCACCACCUCUACUUCCACCUCCACCGGCGGCGACCGCGCGUGGAACAUGCGGGAUCACUUGGAGAAGUUGUCCAACUAUUUAGAGUUUAUAGGAAUCAUCACGUACCUGUUAGGAGUGUGCAACGAGUUGAUAGCGCCGCUGAACACUAAGAAGUCCAAAAAGAAGACCAACCAGUCACCAGAGGAGAUCAAAACAUCGGAGCUCCUCAACAGGCUGAAUGAAACUGUCCAGGACAGCAUCACCCUUCUAGUGGAUGUGUUCGAGAAUUGGCCUCAGUACGAGUUCAAGACGACUCUCCACGAAGAAUUCCCAACGAUAGAUUUAGAAAAAUAUCAGAGGCCAGUGGAGGAGAAGUUGAAGAAUGGACGACUAGAAAUGAUAAAUGAUAUUAGUUUUAUACUCAAAAAGAAGUCUAAGUAUUUGAAGAGUCUAAUACAGUGAAGUGGCCUUUUCAUUUAGGUGCAUAUGUUGUUUAUAACGUCGCGGUUACACUGCGCGAGCGAUGCGAUGCUAUACUUUGUUUUAAUUUAUCUAAUAACAUUUACAAUUGUUGUGAGUGACGUCUGAAACGUAUAAUGAUAUUCAAUCGUCAUCAUCGUCAGCGUGUCAUCACCCCCUUUGAUAUUUAAUAGUUUAUUGAAUGGUAUGCAAUAUCUAUUUGUAAUUCGUGAAUUUACUGGGUACACAGCAAUAACAUCUAAGUCCUCAGGAAUGUAUGUUAAACCGGUAGUUAUUAUAUUAAACCAUUUCAAUAGUUAAAAUAGGUUUACGAGAUGUUUUGCGUUUUAUGAGUUUUAUGGCAAAUCUUUUCUUAAUAAUUACUUAUACAUGCCAUUUUGUAGAGAUUUUGUACAGAGGAAUAACACCUGAGUCCUCAGGAAUGGCAACGCAUGGGGGUAUCAUGGGCGAAACAGUAUACUCUGUUAUGUCCAUGGUACUGCUCAUGUCUAUAGGCGACGGUUACCACUUUAAAUCAGGUGGGCCGUCAGCUUGUUUGACAUUCUAAGUAGUAUAAAAAAAAAUCUUAAAUUUCAAAAUAUGUCUCCAAUAUUCUGUAGUAAUUCAGAUGUGAAUAUUUACAAACUGACUGGUAAUGUUCGCAUUUUAUAUCAUUACGGAUUUAAAAAUCUUUAUUUAUAUUAAUAAUUUAGUUAUAUAUAUAAAACAUUAUACUUGAACGAUUCGUUUGUUGCCUUAUAACACCUACUCGGAAACACCAUACGCUUCUCAUAUUUUUUCCAUGAGAAAAAUCCAUUUCUUAUGCUACUUAAUUUGGCAAACAAGUAUAGGUCCAGUCUUAUGGGCAAACAAUUUGUCAUAGGCGCAGACACACUGCGCUUGUUAUAACCUAACAAGAAUUAUCAAUUUUAUAAGACCUUUACAUCUAUUUAUCGAAUAAAAAAUAUAAAUAAAUAGUAUUGACGUUCGAUCCAUCCCAAGUAGUAUGUGUAUGCCAAACUUCGUUGAUGUAUUAAGACGUCAAGAGGUAACAAACAAACAGUUUCACAUUUAUAAUAUUAGUAAAGAUUUUUAGUUGGCUAUUCAAAUCGCGCUAAAAAACAUCGAAGGGCUAAGUUUACUUAUAAAUACAAUAGAUUCUCUUAUAUUUCAUUCGCUUCGCUCUCACAGUGUACCACAGUCCUAUCACUUAACACAUAUCUUGUAAAUACUCGUCACUUACAAAUAAUUUAAUUCCCUUGUGAAUAAUAAAUCUAGUUUGCUUUGUACAUGCUUGAUAUUAAAGCGGGAAAGUUGAAUUAAAUGUAUAUUUAUAUGAAAUAUUAUAUUUUAUAAAAGAUGGAAGACCUGGCUAGUGAGACUAAAUGUAACUAUGGAAGCAGUCUGCAUGGAUACAUCUAUACCGGUCAUGUUUAUGUCGUGAAGCAGCUAUGUUUCAGCUCGGGUGCAGCAUGGCAAUGUAAUUGCAAGGUACAGACGCGUAAUACCAUUGGUCCUCAGGGAUGUUAACGCAUGAAAUGACCAGAGAACGUUUUGCGCAAAGGUUCCGCUCGGAUAUUAGAGAGGGCAGAGUCCACCUGACCUUUUGAAUAUGGAUAUGAAACUUAUCUAGCUAAAUUUACGUCGAUGUAAAUACAAAACGUAAUUAUUUUUUUUAUAGAUAAGUGCGGAAAAUAACCCUAUGUAUUGGAACACUUCAUAAAACAUUCAUAUUUCCCGUGUCAACUAAUUUUUGUUUGAAAAAAUCAGUUUUAUGUUUUAUAAAAAAUGGGAUUUAUUUACGCGAUCAUUUAAGUAAACAAUAGUAAUUUAACCGAAUUAUCUGGACUUUUUGACCAGAGUGCCUACCAUGAAAUAUUUUCCGAAAUUUCGGGUCCGAACGAAACAAAAAUUUGAUGUUAAAAUUACUUGAUACAUACGGUUUAAAAUAAUAAAAAUGCUAAAGUAUCGUUCCUUUUUUAUUUUUAUGGUAGGAUUUAUGACAAUGAAAUGUUAAGCUCCAUUUAUAGGGUCGAUUUAGGUAUGAACAAAAACACGAAAUUGAGCCCGAAAUUUCGGAAUUUCAUUUCAUGGUAGACCCCCAGGUUACACCGACCAUGGUCUCGAGUAAACUGAUGUUAAUUCCCCUCUCUUAUAAACCAUAAAACAACAUAAGCGCCAAAUUAAUUUGACAAAAUAUGAAUGUUUUUUUCUUUCACGACUAAGGAAAAAUCAUUUUUAUGUUGCCUCGUACUUCAGAAGAAAUGUAAAAUAGCUGUUUUUUUUUUUAAUAAAAAAGGUGACCUGAAUAUCUGAUACUAGAGGGCGCCACAUUAUUAUCGUAAUCGUAUUACUAGAUAUCCAAAUGUACCAUUCAAGCGUCAAUAGAAAAUUGGAUCACAGUUUAAAUACAUUUUUAAAUACCGAUACCGUUCUUCCAUCCUUUUACAUAUACAUAUUCGUGCCAACAUAACAAGAUGAUUUCUGUUUAUAAUUGACAACUGGUGCAUCCAUGAUUGGCUAUUAUAUUUAUACAAUGCUAAAUAUAACAUAAUCCAAUAAAGUUGUAUUUGUUGCAGUCAAAACUCUUAACCAGUCGAAAGUAGUUUUGACUGAAAAUUAUUGGUUAUUAGUACUUUUGACUGCGAAUUUGCGGUUAGGUUAGGUACUUUUAACUGUUAUUGAUUUUACUAGUCAAUAGUACUUUGACUGGUUACUGAUUUUACUAGUCAAUAGUACUUUGACUGGUUAAGAGUUUUGACUGCAACAUAUUAAUUUUACACGUAUAAACAGAGGGCCUACCAUGAAAUGUUUUCCGAAAUUUCGGAGCCUAACAUAACCCAAAUUUAUUGUUAAAAUUAUAUAAUACUUACCGUUUAAAAACAUUAAAAUUAUUAUUCUUUUUUUUUUAAUGGGUGAUGAUGUAAUAGUAACCCUGUCUGCGCUAUCGCUAUACACUGGUGGGGCACCAGUGAGUGAUGAUAGGUGAGGAUGAAAAGACAGGUCAGUUAGCCCAUCGUGUUACUUGAAACUUACACUUGGAAUUUAGCACGAUGGUUUCCAGGGGGGACCAUGUGGAGGUCGACCUGUUCGGGUAUAUUGCUAGCAAUUGGGUCCUCAGUCUCCAUUAUUAACAAUCUCUUCCCCCCCCCCCCCCAAUAUUAUUCCUUUGGACUUUUAUGAUAGGAUUUAUGACUAACGAAAUGUUAAGCUCCAUUUACUGGGCCGAUUUAGGUAUGAACGAAAACACGAAAUUGAGUCCGAAACUUCGGAAUUACAUGUCAUGGUAGGCCCCCAGGUUUGUUACUUUUUAUUAUUGUAUCAAGACAAAGCUGUACGUGCGUGCCCUUUAAUUAUGAACUUUGUAUAAACGAAAAUAUUUAUUACAAUUUUACAAUUGCUAUUGUGUCACUCGUUCACGACAGAACUUAUUAUGCAAGAAUGCAAAAAAUUCAAUGUUGUAUUUUGGCGGACAGGAGAAUGUUCCUGUAAUUGGCAGUCGUAUGCAGAGGUGUGUAAAAUUUGUUAGUGAACUGUUCAAACGUAUGGACAGACAAAUGGUGCUCAAAAGUUUAAAACAUGCAUCGCUCUCUUGAAAGAGAGUCUGGUAUGGAUAUGUAUGUAUAUUUUAUUCUUUUGCCUAAUUAAGUUUGUGUCAAGUUGUAUGUUGUAUUGUUAAUACCUGAGAGUGAUAACUAUUGCAAUUUUGUAAAUUAAAUAUAACUUAUACCGUCU